ACUUCUGUAGUUACACAGCGAAGCGACUUAGGUGGAGUCGUGUCGAUUAUUUUAAAUAUCAUUUAAAUUCCUGUUUGAAACAAAAACAUAAAUUCGACAUGUUACAUGUUUUCGAAAUUAGAUUUUUUUAAUAACAAAGUUAAAUUUUAAAGAAGGAUUUUGGAAUUUGAAUAUAUUAAAUUUAUAUUAAUGUGUCAGAAAUAAAAACUUUCGCGUUUGAUAUUUUGGAUUUUUAAAAAGUGUUCCUUUUUUAAAUAAAUAUUGCUGGUCAACAUUGCACAGAAAAAUAAUUGAAAAAUAUUUUUUUUAAAAUUUCGAACUGUGUUAUACAUUUCCUUCAUAAAAUCGGACUAGUGUUGUGGUAUGCCAAGAUUUUUUUAAAAAUAUUUUGUGAUUUAAUCGUGUCGUAUCGUGUUUGUAUGUACAAAGUGUACCUGUUUGAGAACAUAUUUUUCUCAGUGACUUUGGAACAAUGGGAUAAUUGUCAAGUAAUUGACUGUCAUCGACUUUUUGCAUCGUGAGAUCAAAUUAUGAUGCGAAUAUGGAUAAAACAAGGAUUAUAUUAACUAUAUUUAUUUUAGUUGUAGCUGUGAGGAUAGAUGCUCAAUUUUUCGAUUUCUUCUCAGACUUACGGCCAUUCACAUAUCAGACUGUAAAACCAAUACAAUUUCAAGAUAUUACAACUAAAAGGUCGAAAACAACAUACCAAAGAUACAAUGGCGAAGAACACAGGCCUACUACUACAUCUUACAACGGAGAAAGAGACGGAAAUAGACAAUUUACAAGAGAAAAAGCGAGAAGAAAGACUACAACAACGACCACGCCUGUAAAUGACGUGCAGCAUCUGACUACACAAAAGCCAAGAUUCAAAAAUGCAACAAGAAACGAAUUUAAUAAUCCAAACUCAAAUAAUAACCGUAAUUAUAAUAAUAACGUUAAUAAUGAGAAUAAUAAUUAUGAUUUUAAUAAAAGAAGGCCAUGGCAAGAAGAGAAUGUAAUAGAUUAUACGACAAGACCUUAUGAAACCACGAGAAAUAAUAAAUAUACAACAUACAAUCCUUUGUAUAACAGGCCAGGAGUGAAGCCAGCGUUAGUAGAUAAUAACAGACCGCCUAUUACAAACAGGCCGGCUACCCAAAGGCCUCUGGCGGUAUACCCAAGACCAACAGAUGGAAGUGUCAUACGUUUCCCUGAAGGUGCAGACACCAGUCCUCCGGUACUGACGGGCCCGGACGUGGACAGCACAAGCGAUGCCGAGAGAAGGAGGUAUCUACAGAUUGCUGAGAAAAUGUGCGACGAAUACAAGUCGCUCAACAUAAAGAAGCUGGAGUUUAUACCAUUAUUACCCUCACCGGAGACGAUUCAGAUCAACGUGACAGACUGUGAGGUGUCAUCCGUGCCGCUGGUGGUGGGCGGGAAGGUCGCCAGUAUCAGGGAGUUUCCGCACAUGGCGUUGCUCGGGUGGACUAAGCUGAAGGGCGGCGGGUACUCUUGGAAAUGUGGAGGCUCCCUCGUUAGUGACCAGUAUGUGUUGACGGCAGCACAUUGCUCCUUUCAGAACAGGGAUAUGGAUGUCGCCAGCGGCGCACCUCGAGUGGUGCAGCUAGGCUCCACGUACCUGGAUGACACAGGGGCACUCGUAGUGAAGGUGUCCUCAGUGAUACGUCAUCCGAAAUACACGCAGAGCCGGUCCUAUUACGACAUCGCACUAGUUAAGCUAGUUAGACCUGUCACGUUCUCAGCUGUUGUGAAGCCCGCGUGUCUGGGAGUGCCCCCACCGGUGGGUGAAAAGGUGAUCGCGACUGGCUGGGGGAGGACUGAGUUUGGUGGAGAUCAGUCUCUAGAACUCCGCAGUGUGUCUGUCCCUAUUUGGGAGCUGCAGGACUGCCGGCGGAUCCUGGGCGUUACCAGGAAGAUGCCGCAGGGUCCCUCCCCCGACAGCCAGAUGUGCGCCGGCGAGAAGAAGGGCGGAAGGGAUACUUGUCAGGGGGACUCAGGAGGACCCGCACAAAUCCAAGAUGGCUGCCAAUGGCGUAUUGUAGGAGUUACCUCCGUAGGAAGAUCCUGUGGCGCCGUCAACACUCCAGCAAUUUACGCUAAAGUCUUCAGAGAGUUCAUAGUUGCUCAAAUAUUUGGAGAUCAAAUCAAUGAUAAUUAUGGGACUAGUAGUCAAAAAUCUGGAUCUAAUAGUCAUGAUUCUACUUCGAAUGAUCAAAAUUAUGGACUUAACAAUCACAAUACUGGAUCUAACUAUGAUAGUCAAAAUCUUAGAUCAAACUAUAAUAAUAACAGACGCUUUAAUGGAAACAAUUUCAAUAACAAUUAUGACAAUAGGGACACUAAUAUAUAUGAUAGCAAUCGACACAGUGAUUCAUAUAAUGCAAACAAUAGACAAACUGGUAAUAAUUUUGACAGAAAUCAGAAUAACAAUGUAUAUAAUAACAGACAGACUGAUAGUAACUAUGAUAAUAGACAAGAUGGUUAUAGAAAUAGAGAAUCUAAUGAUCGGAGUAAUCGUAAUAAUUACGAUAAUCAUAAUGUAAAUAAAGCAAGCACUGAAAAUUAUUAUGAUGAACAAAAUGGCAAUAGAAAUAAUAAUGAAAAUAAUCGUUAUAAUAAUAAUGGUAUGAUUAAUUUCAAUAAUCACGAUAGUUUUAGCACUAAUAAGCCAAGUAAUAAAUUUGGGAAUAAUCGUGAUUAUUAUAAUCCAAAUAUUAAUAACGGAAAUAGAGAAGAUUAUGGAGCAGUUGACAACGAGGAAAUAAUAUAUUGGCCUGAGGCCUGAAUUGUGAGACGCGCGGCUGCGUGCCGGCCAAGUUCAGUAAACAUGAAAUGUGUUGGUGUUGCAAGAACUUUUGUGCCGUUUGACCUGCCUUUAUUUAUAUUCUAUUAUAAAUCUUGUAAAAUAAAAUCUACGUAAUUAAUUUUAA